GAUAAUACGUUCGGGUCCAUCAUAGGCCCGGUAAAAUCGGGGACGGGCUAAAAUUGCAGGAUGCGUGCGCGUAUGUGAUGCGUGAGCGUGCGUGUACCCACGGGGCGGUGCGUCGCACGAUUCGUGGGCGUUUUUUUUAGGAUUUGAAAAGAGUCAAAUGGUGGGGAACGGAGCCGUAUUACCCCAGUGUUUCGAAGCAGCGCGUAAUCAAAGCGUUUAGACACAGUUGCGUUCACACGUAGGACGACGCAACGUCCUACUGUUUCCUUCUUAUCUAUUGCAUGUCGAUCUACCUCACAAGAAUAGUCUUCCACUGUACAAAUAAAUGCUUUAUUGUUAUUGUUAUUAUUCUACAGAUUGAUACGUUCGUAGCGAAGAAUGGUGAGUUACUAUCAAGUGAAACAAAUGACAAAUUCGACGACUAUGUCGGUCAACAACGAGAUAUCAACCGUGGAGCCACUAAAUCCGGUGAAAAGUCUCGUAUGUAGUCCGGAUUUGAGCGUGUUCACACCAGCGUGCAGUGGCGAGACUCUAUCGGCAAACGUCGAAGAGAAGACGUACCAGUGUUUGCUGUGUCAAAAGGUCUUUGAUCAGAAGAGUUUGUAUCAGAGCCACCUCCGUUCGCACGGUAAAGAAGGCGAAGAUCCUUACCGAUGCAAUAUUUGCGGGAAAACUUUUGCGGUACCUGCGCGAUUGACUAGACAUUAUCGUACGCAUACUGGUGAAAAACCGUACCAAUGCGAAUAUUGUAGUAAAUCGUUUUCCGUAAAAGAGAAUUUAAGCGUGCAUCGUCGUAUACAUACGAAAGAACGGCCUUAUAAGUGUGAUGUGUGCGACCGUGCAUUUGAACAUAGUGGUAAGCUGCAUCGACAUAUGCGAAUUCAUACCGGAGAACGGCCACACAAGUGUACAGUCUGCUUGAAAACGUUUAUUCAAAGCGGACAGUUGGUAAUACACAUGCGCACGCAUACCGGGGAAAAACCAUAUGUUUGCAAGUCCUGUGGCAAGGGAUUUACAUGCUCUAAGCAACUGAAGGUACACACCCGCACGCACACAGGGGAGAAACCUUACACUUGCGACAUCUGUGGUAAAUCCUUCGGUUACAACCAUGUCCUCAAAUUGCAUCAGGUUGCCCACUAUGGUGAAAAAGUUUAUAAGUGCACACUAUGUCAUGAGACGUUUGGUUCAAAGAAGACAAUGGAGUUACACAUUAAAACUCAUUCGGACUCGUCGGUCAUUGGUUCUCCUCGGGACUCACCAAUUGAGCCAGAGAUUGAGAUCUCGCAGGCAAAUAGCGUAGGCACUGCUAGUGACAAGGAGAACCGCAAGACUGAAGAACCAAUUGACGAUGCUGCUGUUUACGACGACACUCCACGAGAUUUUCCUUAUUACAUGUAUUCUAGAGAGCAGUAUUCACAACCGCUUCUGAUGCCUAGCGAAGACAGAGCUUUUCAAACGACAUCUGUAGUCCCUGUUGAACAGUCUCACUUGUUUCUGUAUCCUGAGGUUUCUCCAACAUACACUGGUCUUGGAAUUCAAAGCAACGAAUUUGUCAGUGACUGCUCGUCUCUUCUCAAUUUACCAGGGAACGACGCUCGUAGAAGAGUAGAGGCUGCGCUAGAAGCAGUCGAAGAAGAAAGACAGAGGGAGUAUGGCAUCAGGAUCGAAAGAGAACCAAUUUUAACUCCUCCAAGUAGCAAUCCCGUAAGUCCUGUUCCUUCGCCGGAUCCUCUCGAUUUGGCAAUUCCAGUACGAGAAACGUUAAUUCUCCCUCCAAGAAAACGGUGUAAAAUGAUCCUGGAGUCAAUGGAAAGUGAGAGAAAUGGUCUCAUUGCCUCUCAAAGACAGAACUCUGUUAUCCAAUUUGCAAAAGCAUCAUAGUGCAAGAUGUGGAAGAAAUUGAUGAUGAACCAGUGAUAACUUCAUAGACGGUGAGACAUAAUCUAAGUUUUGUGAGGAGGUAUAAAGAACUAGAUACUAGAGGUGUGCGGUUAUGCCUAUGUUCCGGAACGGGACAAGCCUCUUGAUACAUGAAAUCGGGCGGCUUCUUGAUACACUCGUUUUGCUCGAAUUCCGGAAUGUUUCGGGAUAAGCAUGAACUGGCAGUAUUGCUUUGGAUCGGUUCGACAGAAGAUCGACUCAAAAGCCCGAUAGAUCCAGCUAUGUAUUAAGAGGAGAUUUACAAACAUGUUGUUUAUAUGCUAAUUUAAAACUAUAAAGCAUUUAGUUUCUUCAUAUAGAGUUUGUAGCAAACAGCGUGCUUUUAGUCGUUUAUACUUGUUUUAUUUUAACCUUAUACUUUAUUUUUUAUGUAAAGUCAUUCAAAUAUUUUGUAAUUAACUUAAAAUCAUUAUUAAAGUAAAAAGAAUCUUUCUUCCAAAUUUUCCAAAUAUAGUAUUUAUUCAUUUAAGAUUUAUCAACACCGUUUCUUUCCAUUUCCUUUUAAUACGUAGUUGGAUCUGUCGGGCUCUCAAACCAAUCCCGUCCGACUUUUGCCUAGCCGAUCAAAAAAGAUACUGCCUGUUCAUGCUUAUCCUGAAACAUUUCGUAACCCGAGCAAAACUGGUGUAAGUGAGCCCGCUCGAAAUUUUUUUUUUGUUGGUCCGUUCUAAAGUUCGAAACGUGUUCGAGACGCAUCUGUCCGCACAUCUCCACGAGAUAUACAUUCAGAGUAGUAAUGGGCUGAAAAAAUUCAGAUAACUAAUGUUACAAAUUACUGAAGAACUUGUUGAGCUUUUAAUGGUCUUAACAAACUUUGAAUUUUGGAGUAUAACGAUUAAAAUAUGACUAAUAGAAAUAAUUUUAAUGCAAUGAUAAAAUAUUUCAAUACUGUUACAACAAAUUCAAAGAUUUUAAGACUUUUAAAUCUUACAUUAUAUUCAAAUAAGAUAGACAUUUAAGAGAAAGAUGAAAAAAUGCCCAUUGCUAACUGAUUAAAGAACUUUGUGCUGCGGGAAUGAUAGAGUUAUCUUGCAGUGGAAUUUCACUGCGGUAUUAUACGAUCUGAGUUAAUUGUUUUUAUACCGAGUAUUUUCUGAAUAUUUUGGGGUUUUCUUCAAACAUUCAAAUACUUUUUCAAAACGAAGUACAAAGAAAAAUUGAUGGAAAUAAUUUUUCUAAUAGAGUCGUAUUUAAUUUUUGCGACUGACAAGAAACAUUUAAUUAGUAAUCGAACUGACAAUAACUUUUCUUACAUUUUGAACUGUGAAAGUUUGAAGAAAGUCGAAAAUUAUGUUGGAAAAUAUACUUUACAAGCCUUAAAUAAACCAAUAGAAAAACGUCCAGUAAUUUUACCACUUGAAAAAGUAAUUCUGAAAACUUUGCAGUCUAAUAAGAGCAUGAUACAGUGGCCUCAUUACAUUCGCAGAUUCAACUGUUUCUGAGAACUGUUUACACGUGCCUCAGGGUAAACAUCGUAACACACUUAGAGCUCGCCAGCAGAUCAUCUGUUACUUAUAAACUGCCAAAGGAUAUAAAGGAAAUGCUAGCUCGUUUCGUACUAUCGCAAGCUAUUUGGAACAUUUUUGACAAGAAUAAUAUUAGAAAACGAUUCCCACUAAGAACUGCAUUAGUUAAACAUUAUGAAUCUAAAAUUGUAUAACUUACAAUGUUAAAUGAUUUUACUUUUAUUUUUAAAAACGCCGAAAUUUUGCGUUAUAAAAAAUGACAUCGUUCGUUCUACUUUCUUAAAUAUAAUAUGUGUAGCUGGCGUGCUCAGUGUAAUUUUUCGUAUUUCACGUUAUAUAAUAUAUAUUAUAGGUAUGUGUGUGUGCGUGUGCAUAUAUGUAUGUACAUCAUUGAAUUGUAACGAAUUAGUGUAAAAGUAAGGAAGAUCGUGCAGGUCACCGUGGCAGAACUAGCAUCAUCAUUAUAGAGGGCUUAGAACGAUCGUAAUCGGGAGAAUUUUUAAAUUUUAUUUUAACUUCUGUUGUUCAAAAAAAGAGUACAAAAAUAUUUGACACAAAGAAUAUAAAUAAUAUGAUUAACUUAUUAUAAUAUUUCUAAACGUCAACCAAUUCAAAUUCUGAACAAAUGUAUUCAAAUAAAUUAUUUAAUCUUUUA